GAUGAAAGAUACUGAAAUGUGUGCAGAUCGUACUGAAUAACUGUAGUUCCGAUUGCAGUACCGUACGGUACAGUAAAAAGAAAUCGAAACUGCCGACAAUGGCAGUAGAUAUCAAACUUUACAGUGAGUUGUGACAAAAAUUGCCGUACUUCACUUCUCGAGAAAACGUAAAAAGAUCUUGUAGAUAAUAGUAACACUGUAAUGGAAAACAAUUCAUCGAGAUCAUCUUACUAUGAACUCCAAUCAAGUUCCAAUGAAGAGAAGCACUCUGAUAUCGCUUUCGUUGGUUUUCUUUGUCGUCGCGGAUGCAACAACAAUUCAACCGAAGAAAAUGACAACCAGACCGACGCUGGUUGAAGUAGCAACAACGAAAUCACCGACAAAAAAUAGGGUGUCAAUAGUUUCCUGUCGAAGAGCAACGUCGCUUGUGAGGGUACUCCCAUUAAGAGGUGGAGAUGGCAGUAGAGAUGCUACUCUCUUCAAAAAAAGUUGGAAAAUUGUAUCGACACCCUGGAAAUACGCGGUUGAAAAAGUGACUCCUCAAACUAGCAACAUACGAGUCAGUCAUGGCACGAAUGUUGACGAGAACAGAGUCGCAGAGCAAGGAGCGGAAAUCACCUCCGAGUCUCUAUCCACAACCUCAAAAUCAUCCCAUUAUAGCCCCCUUCAAAUGUAUGCUUCAUGCAUGGGCAUCGUCACUCUGUGGAUGAUGACUGGCACUCUAUUUUAUUCUUUUGUGAACGACUGGCCCAUUCCACAAUCAUUUUUCUAUGCCGUUGACGCGGGUAUGUCGAUCGGGUUUUGUACCGAUGUGGUCGAAACAAAACUCGUUAGCAAGUCUUUCACCAUCAUCUUUAUCGUAUUGGGGGCUUCUGUCGUGGGUGGUGCCCUCGCUCUUUUCAUGCAGGACCUCGUCGAAGGCGUCAUCGAUCGAGAACGAAAGAACAACAGCAGCAUCCUCACGAAAGGAUACGAAUUAAUGAUCGAAAAGGAAACUUUUCAGAAAUUCGAUGCUGACAACAGCGGAACCCUCAGCAGAAGCGAAUUUUCGAAGCUACUACGAGCUACUAGUUCGAAUGUUAAAAUUUCCGAGGACGACAUCGACGUUCUUUGGACGAAAUUUGAUGGCAUCGAGGAUGGAGCCAUUCGUUUCGAAGAAUUUGUCGGAACCUCACGAUGUAUCAACGAAUUGAUUGCGUCGUUAAACGACAAGACUACUGCGUUCCACCAGGAUGAACUCGGUGGCGGAAAGCAAUCAACGGCAACAACUCUUCUAGGAUCUAUAUUAUCUCGCACGAGUUCCGUGCCGUCUCGUUUGAAAGCAAUAUGGCAAAGCGAAAACAGAAUUUAUGGUGUCUUUAUAGCUUGGGUACUACUCGGUAUAAUAUUUGGGAUGAUUGAUCAACAUUGGGAUCCAAUCACAAGCACACACUUUGCGAUCAGCGCCCUGGCUACGGGAGGCCUCACUGGCCCAGCCGUAAACAGCGACGGAAUCUUACCCGCCCGGCCGUCGAUAUUCUGUGGAUGUUAUUGUCUUUUUGGAAUUCCUUUGAUGGCCAUCACCUUUGGUCACUUUGCACAAAGAUUGGUUGCGAAUCAUGUCGCUGCGAUGGAAGAAUGGGGAUUGACUAGACCCAUGACGGCGACCGAUUACAAAAUCGCCAGGCAAUACUUGACCCGGGAGAUCACCACAUCUCCCCCUUUGAAAUGGAUACGAAAACAUGGACGACAACAGCAACAAUCCUCUUUGUUCCCCUCGUCUUCUGGUAAACCGUCGAGUGGUUUGCGCUUGAGUGAUUUUGUUGUCCUGCAGCUACUCCGACAGGGAAAAAUUUCCGUAAGAACUCUCGAUAUCUUGAGAAACGAAUUUGACUUGCUCGAUAAAGAUGGCACUGGGUUGCUCACUCUCGAAGAAGCAACCACUUGGUCUACCGAUGGCCGAGAGGAGAAGCCAAUGGUAGGACCAUUGUGACCGCUAAAAAAGAAGAGUAUUGCUUGCUGACGACAACAAAGUUACUCUUCAAUAAACUAUUACUAUCGGUGUUUUCUUUUAGGUCUAAGUCCUGAUAGCCCCAUUUUCUCCUAACUCACGAAUGGGACGAGGACUGAGUUGGAAAUUUGUCUUGAGUUGAAGUCUUGAUAGCCUCAUUUUCUGCUAACUCACGAAUGGUAUAUGGAGUUAAUUGGAAAUUUGUCUGAGUUUCCCUUCACAAGAGUGAUUCGCCUGCUAGUCCUGAUGUUUAUUCUAAUGAAAAUCUGUGUCAUAUAAGAUACUACCAGAAGUAAGCACUAAACAGGUAAGUCGAUAGCAGAUUAAGGGAAGUAUGAGAUGUAUGUCCAAAAAGUUCUGAAGGAUGUUUGUAUUUUUGUUAUGUUUGAACUACUAGUACUGUACGGAGUACUGGAGUUUUGAAAGAGUUGUGAAGUUCGUACGGUAUUUAGCCUCUCUUCGACGAUCACAGAGAUGGGGCAUGAAAAAAUACUUUGCGCGCAGGGCUUUUUACUGUAAUCCGAUUUUUCUUACGAGUACGUACGAAACACGACAACUUCCACUUUGACCAACGAGAACUUCUCAGUUCACAGAAAUCAAUUCAAAAAUCAGCAUCUACCGGUACCCUUUUCGGUUCGAAUUAAGACGUGACAGCUUU